AUGACGAAUCUUGGCUUCAAGAUCCUUGGCAACGAUCCCACACAUCCAAUCUGUCCCGUUCUUCUUGGUGAUGCAAGACUCGCCUCGGAAAUGGCAGAUGCUUUGCUAAAGAAGGGCAUUUAUGUGAUUGGUUUCAGCUAUCCAGUUGUUCCCACUGGAAAAGCCCGAAUCAGAGUACAGAUUUCCGCCGCUCACACCCAAGAACAAAUCGACCUUGCCGUUGACGCUUUCAAAGAAGUCGGCAAAAAACUCGGUGUCAUUUAA